UCUUUGCCCUCUUGUUCUACACCCCUCCAGUCGUCCUCUGCAGAGCUUGAUUGAAAGAAGAAAAUGGCCUUAACGUCUUUGACCCGCUGAACUGAGACCCUACCAACUCUUCAUUUCACACGGGCAUACAGCGUACUUUUAAUUUUUUCAUCUCGUUUAUUUGAUACCCUUUUCACGGCUUUGAAUAUUGAAAUCAUAGCGGAGACUUACUUUUUUCACACUCGAGGGGUCGUCUUUUCUGUGGAAAGAGAGAUGGGUGGUCAUUACUUCAAAAGCUCGGAGCUGGGUAGCUCGAUCUUCUUGAGGUACAGCUUGCGAAAUCUCUGGUUUUGAUGUUUGCGAAAAGCUAGUCUAUUGUGAGUUUGCGACUUGAAGCUCUCGUAUGCUGCAUUAAGUUACAGCUUCUGGAAUUUCUCGUGUAAAUUUACGUUGGUUAUUCCACGAACACGAUGUUGAAUAACAGGAUUGUUGGGAUUUUUGCCGGUGUCUCUGUUUGGUUGUUGCUUAGUUUUAGUUUCAGCGAUGGUGUUGAGAGUGAUAUUAACUGCUUGAAGAGUAUAAAACAUACACUUGAAGACCCUCUUAAAAUCUUGGAUACUUCGUGGGACUUUAACAACAACACGGAAGGAUUCAUUUGUAGAUUUACCGGGGUUGAGUGUUGGCAUCCAGAUGAAAGUAAGGUCCUGAAUAUCCGGCUUUCUGAUAUGGGACUCAAGGGCCCCUUUCCUCUUGGAAUUCAGAACUGCACGAGCUUAACGGGUUUGGAUCUUUCAAGCAAUGAGAUUAAUGGAAGUAUUCCGUCUAAUAUCUCCAAAAUAAUUAAUUUUGUGACUACUCUGGAUCUUUCAUCCAAUAAUUUCUCAGGAGAGAUCCCUUCUGAUCUUGCAAAUUGUUCAUAUUUGAAUGUCCUUAAACUUGAUCGUAAUAAGUUCAGUGGUCAGAUUCCACUGGAACUAGGCCUGCUUGGUCGUUUGAAGGAAUUUAGUGUUGCAAACAAUUUGUUGUCUGGGCAAGUUCCGAACUUUAUCAAUGCUAGCAUUACUGCAGACAGUUAUGCAAACAACCCAGGACUGUGUGGGAAAUUAUUGGAUCCAUGCCCGUCAGUUUCAAAGAGCAGUAACACAGGAAUUAUCUCUGGGGCAGCUAUUGGUGGGGUGACUGUUGCAGCUAUAGGUAUAGGUAUUGGCAUGCUGUUCUAUUUCCGUAAGGUGUCAAUGAUGAAGAAGAAGGAUGAUGAUCCUGAAGGAAAUAAAUGGGCAAGAAUUUUGAAGGGAACAAAAGGCAUCAAGGUUUCCAUGUUUGAGAAGUCAAUUUCUAAAAUGCGAUUAAGUGAUCUCAUGAAGGCUACCAACAACUUCAGCAAAGACAAUAUCAUUGGUUCAGGAAGAACAGGGACCAUGUACAAAGCAGUGCUUGAAGAUGGCUCUUCUCUUAUGGUUAAGAGGUUGCAGGAUUCUCAACACUCUGAAAAAGAAUUUGUGUCUGAGAUGGCUACUAUAGGUAGUGUGAAGAACCGCAACUUGGUUUCCCUUUUAGGUUUUUGCCUGGCUGGUAGGGAGAGGCUUUUGGUUUAUGAGCACAUGCCAAAUGGUACCCUGCAUGAUUGUAUACAUCUUGUGGAUGAUGGCAGUGAAACUACAACAGGCAGGGCCAAAAUGGAAUGGUCCGUGAGGCUCAAAAUUGCAAUUGGGGCAGCAAGGGGGUUCGCAUGGCUUCACCACAGCUGCAAUCCCCGUAUAAUCCACCGCAACAUAAGCUCUAAGUGCAUUUUACUAGAUGCAAAUUUUGAGCCCAGAAUAUCUGAUUUUGGUCUUGCAAGGCUAAUGAACCCAAUUGAUACACAUCUGAGUACAUUUGUGAAUGGAGAAUUUGGGGAUUUGGGUUAUGUUGCUCCGGAGUAUGCACGAACUCUGGUGGCCACACCUAAAGGUGAUGUUUUCAGUUUCGGGACUGUGCUUCUUGAGUUGGUGACGAGUGAGCAACCUACCCAUGUGUCUAAAGCUCUUGAAGAGUUUAAGGGAAGUUUAGUUGAAUGGAUAACACAUCUGUCACAUAACUCUCAACUCCAUGAUGCCAUUGACAAAUUUUUGGUUGGAAAGGGUGUUGAUAGUGAGGUUUUCCAAUUUCUCAAAGUUGCUUGUAGUUGUGUGUUGCCAGCUCCCAAGGAGAGGCCUACAAUGUAUGAAAUCUACCAGCUCUUAAGAGCUAUUGGGGAACGAUACCAUUUUACCACUGAUGAUGAGAUAUUGAUGAUGCCUUCAGACUCUGCUGAUGCCUAUGCAACCGAUCAUAUAGAACUUAUCGUUGCCCGGGAUGUUAAAGAGCAGUACUGAAAAGGUAUGAAGGAAGCUUACCAUUACAUGUUAUGUGGUGUUUGUAAAUUAUGAGAAUACAUAUUCAUUUUGAUGUUUUAGUUAAAAGACCAUUUUGACCUUUAAGUACCGAGGUCGCUCUUAUAGCCCUAAUGCAAGUCUUCCAGUAUAUGUUAGGAUCGUCUCAAAGACAAUAUUUUUCGUCAUUACUUGUUGUUUGUGAUUUAAGUUUUCUACAUUAUGGUAAUAUAUAGGAUCCUUAAUUAAUGUUUGUGAUUUGUGCGAUGAUUCCACAAGUAUUAGUGAAAUCCCCGUGCUUUAAUA